GGCCUCGGCGCGUGCCGUCGUCAGCUGCCGCGAGCAGGAAGCGCGGGGCUGUUCCGGGCUGCGGCCAUGGCGCCCGACCCCUGGCUCUCGCUGUAUGAUUGCACUUGCCAGAUUGCACAAGAGGUUGCUGAGAAAAUCCAGGAGCGUAACCGGUACCAAAGGAACGGGGAAAGUACAGCAAAGCUCAAUGUGUUAAUCAGAUCAUCGCUGCAGAAUCUCAAAGAGAAGAUUGAUCAUCUGAAGGACUUGCUGCUUCGGGCUGUAUCAACACACCAAAUCACACAGCUGGAGGGGGACAGGAGACAGAACUUGGUGGACGACCUUCUCACACGACAGAGGCAACUUCAGGCAUCUUACAAGAAUGAAGGCACAGAACCAGAUGUGAUAAGGUCUAGCCUAAUGACUGGAGGGGUCAAACGAGGUGUAACCAACCCAUGGCUCCUGGAAGAAUCUGAGGAAACCAGAGGGCUUGGCUUUGAUGAUAUCAAGCAGCAGCAGCAAAGGAUCAUAGAAGAACAAGAUGCUGGGCUUGAUGCUCUUUCUUCAAUCAUAUCCCGGCAAAAGCAAAUGGGGCAAGAAAUUGGGAAUGAACUGGAUGAACAGAAUGAGAUCAUUGAUGACCUCACUAACCUGGUUGAAAACACGGAUGACAAGCUUCGCAAUCAAACACGGCACGUGAAGAUGGUGGACAAAAAAUCGACCUCCUGUGGAAUGCUGGUGGUGAUUGUCUUGCUCCUGAUUGCGAUUGCUGUGGUUGCCGUCUGGCCAACAAAAUAAUGCAAAUUUGGGGCCCAUUCAAGCUGCUGUUCGACAGCUGAACGUGGAGGACUCCAGAGAAGAGAUCAACUUUGUGCAAAGACCUUCCAUAUUUUAAAUAAACUCACCAGUAUUAGAAUGAAGCUGUGUCCGAUAGACAUCCGUCCAUUCCCUCGUUCAGGGCACAGCUGAAGAUUGCUGCAUGAUUGGAGGAUGUGAACGUGAGAAGGACUCUUUUCCUACUUUAAUUUAGUAUUUCAGGAGGAUGCACUUGCUUAUGGAAUAGAUUCAUUUCUCAGUGCAUCUACAUCUAAGUAAGUGAUCAUAUUGGGAUGCUGUAUGCCUGGCCCAGUCUUUCUUCUGUUGAAUGGUUGGUCAUCUUGACAGUUUUAAAAUACUGUCAGCUGAUAAUACUGGGGGUUGGGGGUACAUAAGUGGAGUUCCUGUACUUUCUGACACCGUUCUUUGGAAUGAGGAUUCUUACAUUUCUCAAGGAAUAAAUGUUUAAGGCAAGGCAUGGGUAUAGACUCUAGCAAGAUGGAAAACUAGAGAGCACAUGUAGCCCUAAAGUGAAAAGCAUGAUGACCAGGGUAUAGGAACUCAGAUGAACUGCACAAAAACAGUCACGAAUGAGUCAUCUUUGGCUGUUGUGGGAAAAUUAUCAGUGUUGAUCUCCACAGAUAGAAAUGUAAACAGCAGUGGGUCUUAAACACAGCCAGGUGCAUAAGAGCGGAAAGCCUUGCCCAAAAUGUGCUCAUAAGGCAGGAGCCUUAUCUGCCUUGCUCUGGGGCAGGCUUUCCACAGCCAGCUAACCGCAGGAGAUGCGCUAGUAUUAGUGUACUAAUCUUGGUGGUGGAAAUCUGCCUCUUUCUUUUAUAAUUUUUCACAAACUGUUAAAAAGGAAAAGAAACUGUAAAUAUUUCAAAACUAACAAAAAAGAAGCAUUGGAUGCUCACUUCUGGCCAAAAAGUUCAUCGUUUUGUUACAUGUGCCAGUGUGAUUGUCAGAUUGAUAGAGGAAGCAAUAACAACAUUGAAUAAAAGCUGAACCAUUUAUAUACAA